AUUAACGAUUUUAAUUUAUACAUAUUUACUAAUAUAUUAAUAUAAAAAUUAAUAUAUAAAAUUUCAAUUAAGUGUCAAGUCUAUUACUUGAUUAUUUUUAAAAAUUUAAAUUUACCGGGCAUAAAUCAUAGUAAUCUAACCACCAGAUAUCACUGUAGUCGAGCAACAUAUUUACGACCCAUAAUGCACUGAGCUACGGCAUGUGCCUUUCUGUGUCGGCCAUUUUGUAGUUUCCUUGAGAAAUUGUGUUGAGUUGAUUCAUCUUCUCGGUAAGAAUUUUAUAAAAUUCUAAAACGGCGCGACUCACAUUGAUCCAAAUGAUGUAGAGGAUUGAGGGCAGAUGCUUAUGGCUAACUAUUCAUAGCUUGAGAACGAGGAAUAAGGUUGCGUUUUUUGCGCACAACCGUGUGCGCUCACGGUACUUACACCCGAAGAACGAGCCAGUAAACGAAGCUGCCGAGAACACCUAUUGAUAAAGGCACAUGGAAUCCGGGAUUGUUUCGGGAUGAAUGGUGAUUUCGGUAACGAUAUACGAUACGCAUAAGUGUACUGUCCAAGUGGUUGUCACCAUAUCUGCGUGCGUGAACGUGUUGGCCCGGCCAACGUCUCGCUCUAUAUUUGGCUAAUCGCAUCCAACAUAUUGCAUAUCUUGCCUUUUCAAAAUUUUUACUUUUCAUGCCGUAACCUUUUCCAAAGAACUAUAUCAGAAGGAUACAAUGUGACGUUUAAGUGUGAAUGCUUGACGAUUGCACAUUGAUAUUGAACAAGACCAAAUCUUAGCAUGUGGCACGGGUACGUGUACAUGAAUGGGGACAUUGGGAAGCUCCCACCAGGGGCGGUAUAUCCAGCCACCCCUGAACCUUUGGGUUCUGUUGGGGGUGCACUUGGAAGUACUGCAUCCAAUUUGGAAUAUAACAUCAUGAACGGUGUUCCAAGUGGAAAUGAAUUGAUAUUGGAGGCGGGUGUUGGUAAUUUAGAACCUCCACUGCAACAUGCUAUAGGUAUAGGGGCUGCAGGUUAUGGUCCAGUGGAUGUUGCUCCUUUAGGUGAUGUGCCAAAUCAACCUGCUCCAAUGGGUGACUUGUCUGCCCCUGGUAUACCAUUGGAACAACUUAAACAAAUGCUCUCUUCACAACUUGAAUAUUAUUUCUCCAGAGAAAACUUAGCUAAUGAUACAUAUUUAUUAUCACAAAUGGAUAAUGAUCAAUAUGUACCAAUAUGGACAGUAGCUAAUUUCAAUCAAGUAAAAAAAUUAACAAAAGAUAUAAAACUUAUAACAGAGGUUCUUAGAGAAUCUCCAAAUGUACAAGUUGAUGAAGAGGGUCAGAAAGUAAGACCUAAUCAUAAACGAUGCAUUGUAAUUCUUCGUGAAAUACCAGAUAGUACACCAUUGGAAGAUGUAAAAAAUUUAUUCUCUGGAGAAGGAUGUCCAAGGUUUAUUUCAUGUGAAUUUGCCCAUAACAGUUCUUGGUAUGUAACUUUUGAAUCUGAUGAAGAUGCUCAAAAGGCCUAUAGGUUUUUACGUGAAGAAGUUCGGGAAUUUCAGGGAAAGCCAAUAAUGGCUAGAAUCAAAGCUAAACCAAUGAAUAGGCUACCAAUCCCAGCAGUUGCUAAUGUGGGUGGAAUUAAAAAUGGUUAUAGAACACCGCCACCACCACCUGUUUAUGAUCCAAAUAGUUAUACAGCUGGUCAGCAACGUUUUCUUUAUACAAAUGGCACUACUAUGCCACAAACUACUAUGCCAGCAUAUGCCAAUCAGGUUCAUGUAUAUCAUCAACCAUUUUAUCCUCCUGGAAUGAUGCCUUGGGGACCUGCAAGUCCUGCUUAUUUUGAUAUGUCAGGUGUUUUCAUGAAUGGUAUUACACCACAUAAUACAUUUAAACCACAGAAUGCAAGAUAUAAUCCUCGUCACAGAAAGCAAAGAAAUGGAUCUGAAAGACCAGGCUUGAUGGAUAGUGGUAACAUGGUGCCAAUGGGACGCACUUCACAUCCACCUAUAAGUGGGGCACCAAUAUCUUUAGGAGCAACAGUUCCGACAUUUACUUCAAGCUUGCCUACAGUGAAACCAACUUCUUCCUACCAAACUGGCACAAAGUUCCAUUCCUCACAUACAAUUGUAGCAACUGGAGAGACUCACUAUAAUAGCAGUCACACAAAAGGAUCCCAAGAAAAUGACACUCAAACUCUAGACUCUGGAGUACAAUUUCCGCGUCAUCGUAUGCAUCGUAGGACCAAAGACCAAGAGUCAUUAUCAAAGGCUAAUAGUAGCCCCUUACCGUCAAUCAGAGAAUCUACUCCGGCCAGUAAUAAUAACACUCAAUGUAAUCGAGGGAUACAAUUCGAUUUGGAAGCUUCUGCUUUCCCUCCUCUUCCUGGCCUAGAUGCUGAUCUUGCAAAAUCCCAUAAUGCUUCAGUAGAAACUGUUGGUACAGAUUGUACGCAAUCGCAGAAUAGGCUUUCAGAUGUAGUUAAAGGUACUGCAAAAUUGAAAAGCAUCAAAGAAAAAGAACCUACAGGAACUUCACAACAAUACCAUCAACAAGCGACAAGUAACAGCAGUAGGUCUGCAAGUCCAGGGUCAAGUGCUGGUGGUCAUGCUGGUUCGCUAGAAGCUCCAACUGGUUCUGGCAGUACAUCAACUACUCCUGUUGCAUCUACAAAUGUCAGCUCUAAUGCUUCUGCUAGCAACAAUGACUCCACAGACAUCGCUCUCAGCACCAUCACUCUCACUCCCCCGUCAUCUCCUGAUAAAUCUGUAAAGACUGAUGAUUCAAACAUGGUGAAUGGAGUGGACGAGGCUGUUUCAAAUGCACACACAGUGGAAGAUUCUGAACAAGUAUCUAGGUGUGAAUGUAAUAUCCCUACUGCCUCACAAAAUUCCCAGUCACAAGUGGGAGUGACUUCUACUUUUCCUGUUGACCUUACAAGACCGAGUUAUGCUCAAGUAGCACAACACUGUCGCGAACUACCUUGUACAAAACAUAAGACAGAUGAAAGAGAUGGAAAUGUAUAAAUCAAUAUAUACUAUUGCAGUGAAUUUCAAUAUUUAGCUGUUAUUCUUCAUCUGGAUUAUAUGGAUUAUGUACCACUGCUUUUUAUCCUACACUGGAUAUAGUGGGUAUGAAGAAAACUUUUUACAUUGUACAGUGACUUCGCCUACAAUGAAUGUGGUAUCAAUUAACUAUGAAUCAUAAAAAAAUUGUUUGAAGAAACUCUAAUUCGCUGCAUAUUUAAAAAAAUACGUUUGCUGGCAGGAUAAUACAUUGUGUAGAAGAGUAUUGUUAUUGCUUUUGUUCUGUGAUUUUGGAGGUACAUAUUUGUUAGCUUGUAAAAAUGUUAAACUAAGGUAUUAAUCUUUUAAUUCCUUUCUCCUCUCCCCUUUCAUAGCACAGGGCCGUAACUGGGAAAUGUUUAUCUUUGUGCCAAACCUUGCUAUGUGCGUACAGCUUAAUGAAUGUUCAGAGUGCAACGAAACUUAUUCUCAAACAGAAUUCUGAUUUAAAAAAAAAACGAAAAAAAGAAUGUAAUUUCUAAAACAGAUAAAUCAUAAGGAUACUUAAUUUGAAAAAAAUUAAUAUAUUUCUGUUUUCAUGUAAUUUUAUAUAUUUCAUUUACAUUAUUUAUAAACAAGAUUUGCAUAUUUUCCAGAAUAUUGAUGACAAUUAUAAUAGAUGAUAUUAGAAUAUAAAUAAUUAAUAUACAAAUGAAAUAUUUACGGUAUCAUGUAUCUGUGUUUUUAUUUCUAUGCAAAAUUUGAAGUAAAAGAAAAACAACAAAUUGCUUUAUUGAUAUAUAUAUAUAUAUAUAUAUAUAUCAUUCGUGGUUUCACAAUUAUUUAUAAUGAUAUAUAACUUAUCUUAUUUGAGGAAAAUAUAAAAAAAUUACUAACAUUUGUUGUAGGUUUUAAAUUAAUUAUAAAAUCUAUAUUCUAGUAUUUUUUUUAUCAUAUUAUUUAUGGAUAAAAACGAUAUUAAAAUAUUUUGUAAUUAUUUCAUAAAUUACAGAUUAAUUAAAGUCUAAUUGCAUUCAAUUAUUUACAAAUUAAAAAUUAUUAUUGGUUUGUUAUAUUUUCUUUAUUAUGUUUAAAUACUUAAUAAUUAAUAUUCUUAAUAAUAAAAUUUAUUAUAAAAAAAAAGUAUUUAUAAUCACAUCAUAUUUAUCUAGAAUAUUAAAAAAUACGUGUUAAAUGAAUUGUGUAUAUUUGUCUCACAAUAAUAUCAUUAUAUUAUAAAGCAAAAAUAUAAAUUUGAUAUAUUUACUCAUAAAAUUAUUUAUAGUUUCUAAAAUAUGAUACAAGACAAAGAAAAUAAUAUAAACAAAAUUAAAUAGAAUAUUAGUAUAUUUUGAAAAUAUAACAUUCCAUGUUGUUUCAAAUACAUUUUAAUUCCUAUUAAAAGCUUUAAAAUUUGUAUUUCAAAUAAAUCAAAAUAAAUUAUAAUAAUAAAACAUUGUUGUUUAAUAUUGUUAUUGAUAUUCUGGAAAUGGUAUUAAAUAUAUCUUAUGUUUAUUUCAAGAGAAAAGAAAUUGUUAUGACAUAUUUAGGCACCUAUUUACGGCACUGACUUUUCUGUUUAAUAUUAUCGUUACAUGAAAUAAUAUACAAUUUAGAAUUAUGCUUUGGCAGGUAAUAUAAGAGUUAUCAGAAACAUGGUCUUUGAGCACACGUUUAAGUGCCUCAAAAUGUUGUGUAUAUUACAGGAGCUUGGCUUUAGAUGUUAUAUAAUUAUAUGUACCUAUACAUUAUAGUAAAUAACGCAUAUGAUAUAUUUGUUACUGAUAUGCGUACAGAAAUUGAAAUACUAAUGAAUAUUAAAGGAAAACCAAUCUCCUGAACUAUAAAACAAUUAUUACCAACAUAUAUAAUUAUACUUUACAUUUAUAAUACUGCCUUUUAAUUUUUUAUAUCUGAAAUGAUUAGUCGCAAUGUUGGAUAUACAGAAAAAUUUAUUGUCAAAUGUAAAUGCAUUAAAAUAUUAAUUAUUUCAGUUUAAAUCGUGGUGCUGUAAACACUUUGCUUUAGUCUCAGUCUUGUAGCACAACUUAUAAUAUACUUUCAAAAUUUGAUGUAAUACAAUUGAUUACAUCAAAAAACAAGUACAGUAUAUAUAUAUAUACACACAUAUCUUUUCAUUAGUAAAUUCACUAAAAAGUUUGAUAUUUUAUAUUAUUAUUGAAUGUAAAUGUGUCACAUUGUUUUGCUAUCGUUUAUUUUUCCUGUUUUCUUUGUUUUUUUUUUCCUUUUUUGUAAUUGGGAAUAAUAUAAAAGAAACAUAUUAAAAUGAGAUAUCUUAGAAGAAAAAUGAAACUAAUUUUGACUGCAAUAUAUUCUUUAUUAUUUUUUUCUAAUUCAUACAAUGUAUGAAUUUAGUUCAAUUUUUAAUUAUGUCAGUUAAUAAUAAAGUUUAUUUUUUUGCAGUUAUAUAAAUGAAAAAUUGUUUCAUUAAUGGUACAUUCUGUAUGUGCAUAGUAUUUUUAUUUCAAAUAAGAUCGAUGUUGUUUAAUGCUAUAUGUGUAUUUUUAAUACUUUAAAAAAUCGAAUAAAAAUAACAAGGAAAUAUUUAAUAAUUAAAUGAUAUAGUAAUUCGUCAAUUUACUUAGUUUAUAUAAAAUGUACAUUAAUGUGAAUUUACUGAUAAAAAGAUUAAUAUAAAUACAAAAAAUAUACAUACGUAUAAAUAUACAUAUAUUAAUAUAUGCAUACACAUACAUAUAUGUAUAUAUUUAUGUACGUAUGUAUGAAAAUUGGAUAAACAUUACAAUUUCUUGAUAAUGGAGUUUUAAAAAACAUAAACAAUGUUAAAAGUGAUUUGUCUUACUUUAUGCGUUACCCUAUAAAUUAUGUAUAGCUAAUUAUGUGUAUGCUUUGAAUAUUCGUUUUAAUUAUUGCUACGAAUGAUAUGUAAAAAAUUUGAAAGUUGAUUCCUCUCUAUACAUUGUCUUUACUAAAUGUAUGGAAUUUAAUGUAAGAAAUACUAAGCUGUUGGUAUAUUGCAUACUUGUAUAAUAUAAAAUGAAAAAUAGCACCAAUACCUUGGAUCGUAAUGAUCAUUUGUUUUUUUCAAUAAUAAAUUAUAAAGUUAUGUGAAAUAAUUAAUUGUAAAAUGCACAAACUGGAAUAUUUUAAGCUUUAUAUAAGCAAAAUUGAUAUAGUGAAAAUUUUUAUGUUAAUAAAUUAUAUGUAAUUAAUAAAAUAUAUAAUGAUUUUAAAUCAUUACAUAAAUAAAAUCAUAAUAUUAUAAUUCGAAUUCGAAUAUUAACAUGGUCCAGGGUAAGGGUGAUAAAUUGAAAUAAAAUUGUGAUUGGAAUGUAAGGAAAAAAAUACAUUAGAACUCUGUUCUUUUUUAAUAAUCUCGUCACAAAAAUCGUGGCUGAUAAACUUACGUUAACUCAUCCAUCAGAAUAAACUGUGAUUAGAUUGAAGUCCAACAGAAAUACAAUGUAUAACGUACUCCGUUUCAUAGGCUGCAGGCCUAGAAAGUCUGAUUUUUUAACUACUAUGGAAACUUGUGUAUUAUAAUAUGAUCUAUGACGUUUGUUUAUUACUAUGUAAAGUGACAAAUUUCAAAAUUAAACAUUAAUUACUGUUA